GGAAAAGCUUGCAGGCAUUAUUAUGGAAAAUAAGCUUUGUUUUGUUAGUAUCCUAAUGAUAUUCGUGCUUUUUACUCACAUUCUUUCUGUACGGGCGACGGAGUUUACGCACAAGACGCACGAUGGCGUCACUUCCUACCUUGUAACUUAUUAUCAAAUGCAUCACCUUGCUCAUGAUAGAGCGUCUUGCUCUAGAAUGAUCACCCAAUAGCAUUGAUGAUUAGUAUACUGCUUGUUCGUCAGCGUUUUUUCUAAUGCAAACUCUACGGGAACGGGAUGACCGCUUGCAGCUAGCUGCACGAUUAGCAAGGGAAGCACUAGCGAAAAGCCGCAUAUCUUCUGAAGUAGAACAAGUAGGAGACGACUUUGGUGACGAUGGCAGUGCAGUGGUGGCUCAUGAAUCAUCUCGCGGCCAUCGUAAGAGUACUGACUUAAACAUCAACGAAGAGAGCUCUUCUGAGUACCUGCCUCCUUCAUCUGUGCUAGAGGGGUUUGUUCGAGGCAAGUAUCCGAGCACGGAUUCCGCUCGCGAUGAUUUAAUUCGUGGCAGCUUGAUUCAAACGUUUUUGUAUGACCAGGAGCAGCGGC